AUGGCCGGAGUUGGAUCAAAAUGGUGGUGCAGUUCAAUACUGAAAGGGAAAAUUUUGAUUUGUUUGAUUGUUGCAACUUCAGUAUUGGUGGUGGCUGUAGCAGAGCCAAGUUCGAAACAAAAAGGUUUAUCAUAUAAUGGGACUCAGAAGGUCGAGUCUCAUCAUGGAACAAUAAGCCAGUCUAGUUACAAACAUGUUUGGCCUGAUAUGAAAUUUGGUUGGAAAAUUGUUGUGGGUACUAUAAUUGCUUUCUUUGGAGCAGCAUGUGGGAGUGUAGGAGGCGUGGGUGGAGGUAUGAUCACUGGUGCAGCAGCGUCAACUGUUCUAUAUAAUUUAAAAUUGAGGCAUCCUACACUGGAAAUGCCGAUCAUCGACUACGAUCUGGCACUUCUGUUUCAACCAAUGUUGAUUCUGGGGGUUAGUAUUGGAGUCACUCUGAAUGUGCUUUUUGCUGACUGGAUGAUCACAAUUUUGCUAAUCAUUAUCUUUAUAGCGGAGGAAAAAACUCUACCUGGAGGCUCCACAAGUCCUGAUCAAAUAGAAACCGAGUCCAAAAAAGAGAAGAUCUUUAUUACGGAGAACAUUUACUGGAAGAACCUUGGAAUUCUUGUCACUGUCUGGGUGAUCAUUCUUGCAUUGCAGAUUGGCAAGAAUUACUCAACCACCUGCUCAGCAGUAUAUUGGCUAUUGAACAUAUUGCAGAUCCCGGUGGCAGUUGGUGUAACUUCAUAUGAGGCAUUUAGCCUGUACAAAGGGCGGAGACAGAUUGCAUCCAAGGGAGAAGCAACCAACAACUGGCCGGUGCACAAACUUGUUUUUUAUUGUUUCAUUGGUGUUGUAGCGGGCAUAGUCGGAGGCAUGCUUGGACUUGGUGGAGGAUUCAUUUUGGGUCCUCUUUUUUUGGAGAUGGGAAUCCCUCCACAGGUGUCAACUGCCACUUCCUCCUUUGCCAUGAUGUUUUCUGCAUCCAUGUCUGUUGUAGAAUAUUACCUUCUAAAACGUUUCCCUGUCCCCUACGCUCUCUACUUCUUCGCCGUGACCACCAUUGCUGCCGUGGUUGGGCAACAUGUGGUGAGAAAGCUGAUUAGUAUAUUAGGGAGAGCAUCUCUAAUCAUCUUCAUUUUGGCCUUAACAAUAUUCGUGAGUGCAAUAUCGUUAGGUGGAGUUGGCACGGCACGCAUGAUCAAAAAGUUUGAGAGGAAUGAGUACCUGGGGUUUGAAAGCAUUUGUUAA